GCAAUGCAAUGUAACCAAUCCAUCCAGAGCUUCCUUUUCCUCUCUCCCCAACUUCCAACUCCUCCUCUAUCUUUCUCUACUUUACACCAAAGGGAGGAAUUUCACUUACAAUGAAAGCGAAGCAGCUUGUGGAGACAUGCAUGAGCAAGUGGAGAAAGAUGGGGAGCAAAGUCAUACCCUGUGGAGGCUGCGACUACUGCUGCAAAGACCACUGGGGGUUGUGGGCUGCUGUCAAUGAAUCCAAGUCCAUUCCCAGUGACGUUCCAAAGGGCCAUCUAGCUGUAUAUGUAGGGGAAGAUUACAAGAGGUUCGUGAUCAAGAUUACCUUGCUGAAGCACCCUUUGUUCAAGGCACUGCUGGAGCAGGCUAAGGACGAGUAUGACUUCACUGCUGCCGACUCCAAGCUCUGUAUUCCCUGUCACGAGAAGAUGUUCCUCCAUGUUCUUCGAUGUGCCAGCUCCCCCCAGCCCCAGCAGGGCACAACUUUUCUUUGCCUGUGACCUUUUCUUGGAGGAAGGACACGGGUAUAUAUUCACCAUAGAAUUCUUAAGAGGAUUGAGCUAAUAUAUAUCUCCCCACUCAAUCGAUCCAUAAAUUAACUGGAUAUGGCAUACACUAAAUAUGUAGAAUUUUGUAAUAUAGGGAGACGAAGUCUUCUCCUGGGUUGGAGAAAAAGGAUGCCAUGCAAUCAGAAUUAGAUGGAUUUAUUGUGUGAUUGAAAUCUUAAGUCCUUUAACGUACUUCUUCUAUAGUUACAUGAAGCUGCCCAAACUUGCACUACAUUAAUAAUGCUUAAUCUAUUAU